AUGGACCGCCAGCAGAGAGAUGCCACUGCUGCCCUAGAAGCAACCAUUCAGUUGGGUCGGGGGCAAGCUGCAUCGGCUUCUCAACCAGAACAGUCACCAAACGCACCACCACAACAGGCCCCAAACCCAAGUCCUCUGCUUCAACUGGUGAACCCUCAGAGGCCUAAGCAACCACCUUAUGUUCAACAGGAUAUCCCUAUUCAGGAUCCUGAACAACAGCCACCUCCUCGCACUGGUCGGGAUAAUCCCCAGUAUCAAAGGAAAAAUAAGGCCGAGCAGCCUCCCCGAAGCCUUAGACACCCUAUGGCUGAUGAACAAAAUCCACCGAGCAGGGGGCAACAUCCUUCUGCAAACAUAAGGCUUGAGGAUGCAAUUGCCAACGAGGGGAAAUCGCAUGCAAAAGACAAGGGACCAAAAGAAUAUCUCGCUAAAGCUGCCAACGGGUCGGAUAAACCCAAUGACAACGGGAACGGUAAAAACGGUGGAAAAAGAGCGAGCAAUGAGCCAUCAACAUCUGAAAAUAAACGCUCUAAAGUCAACAGCCCACACCUUCCAGGAGAUAGUGGGAAGGCAAGGGAGCGGUAUGCUCGAACUUUACGCCAUGAUCAGGACAUCGAGAUGCUGAAUGUGGAUGAACGGAUGCCCAAGAACGCCCGAACAGAGGACGAACUGAUAACUUUCUCCGAGUUUGACGCUCAGCAUGUCCAAUUUCCUAACUCAGACCCCUAG